AUAAUGAUAAUCAUGCACUUUCUCAUAAAAGAAAAGUAUUAGAUAUUAAUGAUAGUAACCAUGCACUUUCUCAUAAAAGAACAAUAUUAGAUAUUAAUGAUAAUAAUAACCAUGCACUUCUUCAUAAAAGAAAACUUUUAAAUAUUAAUGGUUGGUUAAGUUUUAUUUAA